CUGUUUUGCGCUACUCGCAGGUGUACCAAGUGACGUAUGUAAACAACGGCGCUGCGUUUUCCCACGUGUUGUCUAGAUAAAUUUGUAAUUUCGGGCAAAUCCCGGUCAGUGGAGGACAUUUAUCCUUAUCAAAAUGAAGAGAUUAUCAGAAAUACAAACUAAACUCCUUUUCGAAAAGCUGUCGGAAUAUAUUGGAGCUAACAUCAAAUCCCUGAUUGACCGCCCUGACGGCACUUAUUGCUUCAGAGUUCAAAAGGAUAGAGUAUACUACGUAUCAGAAAAAAUUCUCUCCUUGGCUGAGAGUGUCGCUCCUGAAAACUUAAUUACUUUUGGAAUCUGCUUUGGAAAAUUCACCAAGAGCCAAAAGUUUUUAUUACACAUCACAGCUUUAACUUACUUAGCACCCUAUGCACAGCACAAAAUUUGGGUGAAGCCAUCAAUGGAACAGCAAUUCUUGUAUGGGCACCACAUUUUGAAGUCUGGUCUUGGCAGAAUAACAGAGAACACCCCAAAAUAUCAAGGAGUUGUAGUCUUAUCUAUGGCUGAUGUUCCACUUGGCUUUGGCAAAGCAGCAAAGUCAACAGCUGAAUGUAAGCACACAGACCCCAUGACCAUAGUUUGUUUUCAUCAAGCUGACAUAGGAGAAUAUGUGCGAUCUGAGGAGUCUCUUUUGUAAGCCAUAGUUAUGAUCAUUAAAAGUAUUUUAAGAUUUA